AUGGGUUUGGUUCUAUCCUUUAUCAAACUCUUGUGUCUUCUUAUAAUUCAACUCAGUUUUCUUGCUGAUGGUGACGGUAUUGGAUUGAACUAUGGAUUAGUCGCAGACAACCUCCCCGCUCCACCCCAAGUCAUAUCCCUCGUAAAAUCAAGAAACGUAGCGAAAAUUCGCAUCUUUGAGCCCAAUCAUGGUGUUCUUGACGCGUUACAAAACUCAGGAAUUGAAGUGAUCAUCGGAACUCUCAAUGCUGAUAUUGCGAAUAUCGCAAACGACCCAAAUUUCGCUAAAGAUUGGGUGCAAAACAACAUUGUCCCGUACGCACCAACGGUCAAAAUCCGCGCUAUAUCCCUUGGUAAUGAAGUAAACCCCGGUGACCUAGGAUCAAUGCUUCAAGCGUUGAAGAAUCUCGACAAUGCCGUAAAGGCCACCGGAUUUUCAAUUCCGGUGACUACGACCAUUGGGGUUUACUUGCUAGCAAGUUCUUAUCCCCCUUCACAGGGGGAUUUUUCAGAAGCCGCGAAACCAGGGAUGCAACAGGUCUCUGGUUUCUUGGCUAGUAACGGGUACCCUAUUAUGGUCACAACGUACCCGUAUUUCGCGUACGCUGGUGAUCCAGAACAUGUACCGUUACAAUAUGCAUUAAUAAACUCUAGUGACAUUGUGGUGAAAGAUGGAGAUUUAGGGUAUGCAAAUUUGUUUGAUGCUAUGGUUGAUGGGGUUUACGCGGCGAUGGACAAGGUCGGUGGUGGGGCGGUCGAGGUGGUGGUUUGCGAGAGCGGGUGGCCUUCGAAAGGUAAUGGCGAUUUUACGACGACCACUUUGGCUCAAACCUAUAAUCAAAACCUUGUGAGGCAUGUAACGAGCUCGGGUACACCUAGAAAACCCGGAAACAAAGUAGAGACUUAUAUAUUUGCUAUUUUUAAUGAGGAUCAAAAGUCGCCAGGAGUUGAGCAGAAUUUUGGGUUGUAUAAUCCGGAUAUGACCGAAGUGUAUCAUAUUGAUUUUUAA